UAUAUAUAUAUAUAUAUAUAUCAGAGAAAAGCAAACACAAUUACAAGUUGACUUCUUUUGAACUGUGAAUGAAAUGUUUGUGCAACAUCUAUAAGUAGCUAAUGGAAUACACCUAAAAUAGGAGAAACUGAAAGGGAUUUGUUUAAAUGAUACCUAGAAGUCUAGUUUCGUUAGCCCUUAACUAGAUGAAUCUUUGAAGAUAGAUGGGUAGAUUGUUCAUGAAGCAACACCACAGACAGUGUAGCUCUUUCUGUAUCUGGUAAACAAUCAAAUUCAGACGCUCUUAAAGAAACAGAGUGUGAACAUUAUCAGUGCUUUUCAGGUAUUUCAUAAGAGUUUUGCGUGUGCUUUCACUUGAAUGAAUGGGAAUGGCAGUAAAAGUGACAGUAAAAGAAUGCAAACUGUGCAUGUAGAUAUUGUUGGAGUACCUCCAUGGCUUGAUGAACCCUCUAGACCUGACCUUCAACCCAGCCACGGCCCAUCCUAGUCUUCUGCUCUCCAGCGAUCUCAAAACAGUCAAGCAGUGUGCCGGAGUUAAGAGCAACACGGCUGGAGAUCAGAGCGAACGCUUCUCCACGGCCACUCAGGUCAUGUGCACCCAGAGUUUCUCCACAGGGGUUCACAUGUGGGCAGUGGAGGUUGGUCCUGGAUGUAUGUGGUCUCUGGGACUGUGCUAUAAAAGCAUCCCGCGCAAAGGUGACCACAGCAGGCUGGGGCAUAACACCAGCUCUUGGAGGCUGCAGUGGAAAAACAAGAAGCUGACGGCGUGCUACGACUUGGCUAAUGUGUCCGUAGGUGAAGGGCUGGUCAUGCCGCCAAAGAGGGUCGAAGUGACCCUGGAUUACGAAGGAGGAACUAUUGCAUUCCACAGCUCAGGUCAAGGAGGGCGAAGGCAGCACCUUCAUACAUUUAGUGCUGUGUUCAAGGACAUAGUGUAUCCUGCAUUCGGGAUCCACUCUACUUCAGAGGAGUCAUGGAUAACUCUUUUGAGUGGAGCUUGAUUGAUACGAACAUGCUUUCAUUUUCACUUUAUGUAACACUCUUCAUUAUCUCUGUCUUUUUUUUUGUCCUUUAUGCAUUUAUUAUAUAAACAUCUGCAUGAACACACAUGCAACCGGACAACAUUCUUCAGGGGCAGAUUAAGUUUUACUACAUAUCCAAAAAUGCCUGCAGCAAAGAUUUUUUUUUUUUUAUGUGUACAGUGGCUGAACAGAAAUAAAAUCAAAUGUACAUCAGAUUGUCUGAAAAACAAGAAAUACUUGUUCACACUUCCUUACUACAUCAUUUAAAUAGUUUUGACUCAAAUCACCCCACAGUCUCUCUGUGCUUUUUCUAAUGAACUUUGGUAAUAAAUCUCAAUAUACUGUAUGCAGAGGGUAUGUAACAUCUAUAACAUUACUGUGUGUGCAGAAUACAUGCUGCAUUAUGAAUGAGCAGAUUACUUAUGCUUCUUGAAUUAUUUAGAUUCAUUGCUGGAUGAUUGCACCUUUGUUAGAUGUUUAGGAUUAUUUAAACUCAUUUGGUCUGCCAAACCUACAUAACUUGAAUGGAUAUAACUUGUAAAUUA